AUGGGCACCAAGUAUGCAAGUGCCAUAGUCUGCAACCCGCAGAGCAACGGUCAAGCUGAAGCAGCAAACAAGCAGAUCAUAACAGCCCUGCAAAGAAAGUUGGAGGAGCACAAGGGCCUAUGGGCUGACCUAGUCCCAGAGGUGUUAUGGGCAAACAGAACCACUGAAAAAGAGUCCACUGGUAAAAGCCCUUUCACUCUAGCCUACGGGGCUGAUGUAGUACUCCUAGUGGAAGUUUCAAUCCCCAACCUGAGGAUACAACACUACAAAGCACAAGGGAAUGAAAAGCGCAUGUUGGAAGAGCUGGACUUCCUGCCGAAAGUAAGGCUACAAGCAGCCCUCAAGAUGGCAGCCUAA